GCUGUUGAUAUGAACAUCCUGCUGGCAUAUACACAUAUGGGACAAACAGGCACAUAAGGUUUACAGUUUGCGUGAUUAUGAAGGGUUUAGCACAGGGCUGUUGGGCUGCAUGUAGGAUGUUUGAGUUUGCCUAACUGAGCAUCCCUCCUCAUGCAUACUGAAAGAGGCACAUGGUUACUGGCAUUGACAAACUCAUCACACACACAUGUUGGGCGCAUUGACAGCUCAGCUCUAGGUUGCAGACAGAGAGAGACAGAGGAAGACAUCCAGCACCUUCUUACAGUAUAUAGUAAUGCUAGUUCUCAGGUUUAAGGAAACUCUUUUUGCCUACCAACUCUGAGCUCCUCUCCCUGUGCGCGCCGCGUCCACUGCGAUGAACGCUUCGCGCUCGGUCAGCAUGGGAAUCCCCACUCAAGUCCCGAACAGCACCGUGGUGACUGCGGACACUCUAGCACCGUGGAAUUACAGCGCUGUGAGCGCGCACAAGCUGAUGGAGAUGCCAGCGAGUGCCACUACGGUGGCAAUGGUGCAGGAUGUUCGACGUACUUUUCCCACAGUGGAUGUUCCAGACCACGCUCACUACACCAUUGGCUCUGUCAUUCUGGCAGUGGGCAUCACUGGCAUGGUGGGAAACUUCUUGGUCAUGUAUGCCUUCUGCAAGAGUAGGAGUCUGAGGACACCUGCCAACAUGUUCAUCAUUAAUCUAGCUCUCACUGACUUUCUGAUGUGUGUCACUCAGACACCAACCUUCUUCACCACCAGUUUGCACAAGCGAUGGAUCUUUGGGGAAAAAGGUUGUGAGUUAUAUGCAUUCUGUGGUGCUCUGUUUGGUAUCUGCUCAAUGAUCACACUCAUGAUUAUUGCAGUAGAUCGAUACAUAGUGAUCACUCGUCCUUUGGCCUCUAUUGGCGUUAUGUCACGCAAACGAGCCCUGUUGAUACUCUCUGCUGCUUGGGCGUACUCUAUGGGCUGGAGCCUGCCUCCGUUCUUUGGUUGGAGUGCUUAUGUGCCUGAAGGUCUGCUGACAUCCUGCUCGUGGGAUUACAUGACUUUCAGUCCUUCUGUACGAGCUUACACAAUGCUGCUCUUUACUUUUGUUUUCUUCAUCCCGCUGUUUGUCAUCAUUUAUUGCUACUUCUGCAUCUUCAGGGCCAUCCGAGAUACCAACAGAGCUGUAGGAAAAAUCAAUGGAGAAGGAGGACCCCGAGACUCUAUCAAGAAGAUGCAUAGAAUGAAAAAUGAAUGGAAGAUGGCAAAGAUAGCACUCAUAGUGAUCCUUUUGUAUGUCAUCUCCUGGUCUCCGUACUCUUGUGUGGCUCUUACUGCUUUUGCUGGUUACGCUGACAUGCUCACACCUUACAUGAACUCCGUGCCUGCUGUGAUCGCCAAAGCAUCCGCCAUCCACAACCCAAUCAUCUAUGCCAUCACUCACCCUAAAUACAGGUCUGCAAUUGCAAAGUAUAUACCAUGUCUAGGAGUGCUGCUGUGUGUACCUCGUAGAGACCGGUUCAGCAGCAGUAGCUUUAUGUCCACACGACGCUCCACUUUGAAUAGCCAGUCCUCAGAGACCAGCAGCAACAUACACCGUGCUGGAAAAACCCGGUUGUCCUCAGUGUCUGACAGUGAGUCGGGCUGGACGGACACAGAGGCGGAUCUCUCCAGCGCGAGUUCGCGUCCUGCUAGUCGUCAGGUUUCAUCUGACAUCCGUAAAGAUUUGUCAGACUUCAAGCACACCAGCUCUCUGAGGCUGCAGGUCAAGAGCAGAGACUCGGGUAUCUUCGACAGAACCUCGGCCCAGAGUCUAGCUGAGCCAAACUUGAACCGGACUUGUACAUACAUCAGUACGGUGGGCGACAAAGAUGAGAUCUCUAUGGCUGAGGUCAGCCUGUCCAGUUGUCUCUCGUCCUCUCCAAAUAUUGUCUCUGAGAACACUGAUGAGAAAAGACUGUUGACUCGGAUCCCUUCCAUCGUUGUUACAUCAGAGUCUAGUCCUGCCGUCCUCUCAGAAGGUCGCAGUGGCGGCCCCUUCAGACAGCUUCCAGGUGCUUCGGUGGAGGCAGCCUCUGUCACCUCAGAACCUGCUGGGAUUGAAUGAAUAUGGACUGUGUUACCACUUAUUUAUACUUCAGGACACCAUCUCAACAGACUCUGGGUCUUCUGAUUUAUCCCUUCCUCCUUUUGUCUCAUUUACACAGGGCUCAAAAAUGAAUCUGCAUGCAGUCACAACUGACAUCUGAUAUUUGGCUGUGCCGGUAUUGUUGUACUUUUGCCUGUUUUGAGGUGGAAAAUGGGCAACCACAAGCUACAGGGUAAUCAGGGUCUUUAUUUUUACAAGAGGACACCCUUUAAGGCUUCUUUCAGUGGUGUGGAGAUGAUCCUCUCCUCUCAGGGAAGAAUAUAUGACAGGUCUGUGGGAAAAGCAGUGAUGGAUUGACACUGCUCAGAAUAUGUAUUCAGAUACAUCUAUCCCUGCUUCAUCCAUAAAAAGGCUGUGCUGUAGGCCGUAGGAAUAAACAGUUCCUUGCGUCUGCACAAGAUCAAAAACAACAAGAUGUGACGUGAAGAUUCAAACGCCUAGUUUUUACAUAGCCAGAAAUUUUGGACUUCUGUCUAUAGGUGUAAUCACUGUAGGACAGAAAAGUGGAUAUUUUAAUGUUUCUUUAAAGAUAAAGUGUACAAUUUUUUAUGUAUAUAUGUACAAAUAUUUUACUUGUUGUGGCUGAUAAAUGGAUGAUAGUUUACUACUUCAUCUAAAUAAUUAAAAAAAAAGCAUCACAGCAUUAAUUCACUAUCUAAAAUAUUUAAUAUUUAAUUUCAGAUUUCUAAAGAUUUUUAUCGAUGACUCACGUAAUCAAAAUGUAAAAACAGGUGAUGCACAAUUAAAUAUCCACUAUAUUAUAUAUUAUAUAAUAAUAUAGUAUUCCCACCAACAUCAUCAUAAAUCAAUCACAUUGACAACCAAUUACAUCUUUAUUGCUGCUGAUUGAAUAAAUGUGAAGAUUUUUAUUUUGUAGAUUUUUUUCCCAGCGCUGUAUGGCCAAUACAUAUAUUUGUAUAUAUAUUAUUGAAUGUUAAUAUGGAAGUGUGCUCAACAAAUGAUCUAGACUGUAUGAUUUAUCAUGCUUUUGUGUUGUGUCAUGUGAAUACUCCCAUAGUUGUUAUUACCUGCAUGUUUUCUUAAUAUAAAAAAGGCUCCUUUGAUAGGAAUAUUUGGUUUAAAAUGAUCAUCACUUUUCAUGCAGGCUACAAUAACAUGAAAACCCAUAUAAAUGUGAAAAAUGAUCUUUUAAAUUCAAACAACUGGUCUCAGAGCCCGUGGCUCUAAUAAACUGCACCUUUCAGAUGUAGAUUUGCCUUUCUGCUGGAUUUCAGAGAUACUUUAGUGGGAUUAAUAUGCCAGCAUCUGGGAGUCCUUAGGGAUUAGAGGGGAAACGCUUUUAACAAGAUUAGUUUUGGGAAAGUGCUCAUCCAGAAUGCUCCAUUGCUUUUAAAGGCUGCUGUAUUCUCAAAGUUACACACACGUUCUCAGAUAAUGGUCUCUGAAGUAGUUCAAAUGCACAGUUACUCUCUCUCUCUCUGUAUCUCUCGUGAGAGAUGUUUACCUUUCCAUUUUGAGGUAAAUGUGCUUCAUAGAUGAGUAAAUGAUGUACUACGGGGUGGGUUCGCAUAUUUACUGAUGUUGCUAGAAUGUUCACCUGA